UUAGCUAGCUAAAUGUAUCUUGCUAGCUGAUUUGCUGUCAAGCAAGGUACAUGGCUUCAUGAAUUCUCCUUUCAUUAUUCUUUACUGUAGCUGUCCAUAUUUAAAAUAGUUUGCAUUAAAUAGUAAAAAAGAAUAACGAAUACGAAAUGGGGUUAUCUCAGAGCUCGGAUGCUCCAGAAGGAGGGACGGAUGGUUACCAUGUUCAUGGGGUUCAAGAAAACUCACCCGCAGAGAAGGCUGGUCUGGAACCAUUUUUUGAUUUCAUAAUAUCAAUUGGAAAUACAAGACUGAACAAGGAGAAUGACAUGCUGAAGGACCUGCUCAAAGCCAACGUGGAAAAACCAGUGAAGCUGGAGGUAUACAGCAUCAAAGCCAUGAGGAUCCGGGAGCUGGAGGUGGUCCCCAGUAAUAUGUGGGGUGGACAGGGCCUACUGGGGGCCAGUGUCAGGUUUUGCAGUUUUAAAGGUGCCAACGAAAAUGUUUGGCAUGUUCUGGACGUGGAGCCUAGUUCCCCGGCUUCUCUAGCAGGGCUUCAAGCACACACAGACUUCAUUGUUGGAGCUGACCAGGUUCUACAAGAAUCUGAAGACUUCUUCUCUCUGAUCGAGUCCCACGAGGGAAAGCCUCUGAAGCUACUGGCAUACAAUACUGAGACAGACCUGUGUAGAGAAGUAGUGGUCACACCCAACGGAGCCUGGGGGGGAGAGGGAAGCUUAGGUUGUGGCAUUGGGUAUGGCUACUUGCAUAGAAUCCCAACCCACUCAGCAUCCCUGAAGACAAGUGACAUCACACCCCCUUCUGUUCAGUCUGAGGAAAAAGACAUGCCAGAGAUCCCAACUAAUGGCUAUACUGAGGUGUCACUGGCAGCUCCAGGUCAGGUAGAGAGGGGGGAGGAAGCGCUGGGCCAGGAGACACCGGCCUUCCCUCAGCCCUUUGAGGACACCCCACUGCCUCCCCCCAUCCAGAGAGUCAUGGAUCCCGAUCUCUCUGAUGUUCUGGUCCCUGCCAUCUCAGAAAUGGGGGUAAGACAGGACUUACCCGUCUCCUCUAUUGACUUUGCCAGCACCUCCCAGCUUGUCGAUGACCCGGGGGCGUUCAGUUCUGAAUAUCACACUGGAAUUGACGAGAUGGCAGAAGGUGAACUGCCACCUGCAGUCCCAGAAAACCUUUCGCAAGCGAGCGGUCAGGAAUUUGCCGUUGAGCAGGCCAUGGGAUCUCCAGCCUCCCCAUCCCUGGACUCCUCUCCCGCCGGAGACAGUGUCCGUCCAGAUGUCACCGGGCCAGAGGUCGUCAGCUCACUCGUACAGCCUGUGGACCUUGUUCCGCCUGAGCCCGAGGCCCAGGAAGACGAAGCUAGUGAACAGACUGAGGCUUCAGACCCUAGUCCUGCAAUAGAGACUUAACUGGCCUCAGCCAACUAACUUCAGCUUACUGAUGUGCUUGCCCACUGGAUCCGAUGGAAAGUAGAAAACUGAACAGGUGAGAGCAAAGGGUAGGGUAAUAGAUGACUGUAGAUGGUAGGUGGCAAACAGGAUGUCAUUAUAGUGUUCUGCCCUUUACCGUGAUCCGUGAACGCAGCAUUAGACUGAGUGUGCUCUUCUUUAACGAGUCCGCUAUCCAUUAUUAUAUAUUCAAAGCCAUUAGCCAUAAGUGGGCUUGCUGUGUAUUUGGAGAAUGAGAAGACAUAAUUUUAUGCGCAUAGGUGGUUAGGCAGUAACGUUUAGUUUAUGAAGAACCGAUUGUAGCGCAUGACAAAAAUCCUUACUUAUUUGUGAUGGGAUUUACUUAGGUAACACAGAGAUGAAAACGACACUGUAAAAUAUUACAAUUAACUGACCGGGGGAUAUAAAUUGACACCUCAAAAUAUAUAACAAAAUGAUAUGAAUCUUAACACAAUAUUGUCAGAUGUAUUUUAUACACAAGUUUGCAUGUGAUGUUUUACAAUAUUUAAAAGGACUAUAGUAAAAGUAAUUCUGUGUUAUUCAGACAAUUAGACAGAUUUAGAAGAUAUAAUUCAGAAGAAAAGAUAUGAGGAUAUACCAUCAGAUAGUGUAUUGUAACAUUACUUUAAGUUCUACACAUUAGAUUGACAUCCAACACUCUCAAAUUCAAGUAAAUAUAAAGAGGACAAAGUGAGAAAUUCAAUUCUGUUUACGAAAUGAUGUAUAAUGUGUGUUAGUGAACAGUGGAGACUUUUGCCUUAUUCGGGAGCAUGACACCCAAUCGCUAUAGCAGUUUUCCAAUACGACACACGAGUAGAAUGCUGUACCUCACACUCACAGGCCAAAGCUCAGCACAUAAUUAACAUGAAAUCAAUAAUGCAGGGAAUUUGUUAGCUUCUGUUUGAUACAAGAAGCCAUCUAUGUUUCUUUAGGUUCUUGAUUUUGGAAGAGUUCUGAUAUUAAUCAGAACCGUUUUUAGAUGUUUUAAUAACAGUCUGGCAUUUUUGUGCACAUCCUGCAUAUAUGCUUAUGCUCAAACAUUAUGUGUUUAAUAAUUUAUUUUUCUAAACCAGUAAUAAUGAUGAAUGUUACAAUUAUUUGAUUCUUCAAUUAAAGAAAACAAAAAUACACUGGAAAGGUAAAAAUGAAGAAAAAAGGGUUAAAAACCUUUGCUUUAUAAUUUAAAUCAAUGGAUGUCUAUGCUGGAUAUUGCAUAUGUUAAAGAGAAUGUUUUUGUAUAUGCCAAAACCAUGGCAAAGUUGAGAGAAAAAAGAAAAAAAAAGGCGAAUUAUCCAUCAUCAGAUUCCAAGGCCUUUUCCCCCUAUGGGUGUCUACUACAUCUUAGUUGUUCUAAAUAUAAAAAAGGGCUGUAUCAUAUCUUUGAAGUUGAAUUGUGGGACAUGCUUUAAUGUUAUUUGUUACAUGUGAAUGAACUUUUUGUGUACUGCAUUGGUCUUGUAAAGGCCACUUUCAUGUUAAUACUUUCACAGUGUGCUUGAUAUGUUUGAUAAGUAAUUGUCUGCUGCUUUAAGUGAGUACAAAACCAUUAUGUUUAUGGUCAUUUAUCAAGAGUUGUCUCUGUCUAUGACUAAUCAAGGAGAAAUGAGAGGAAGAACACAAAGAUGCAGUAUACUAUUUUAGCCAGUGACAAAUUUUAUAGCUAAAGAACAGCCUCUGCAAUUCUUUUCACUUCACACUGGGAUCCAGUGUUCCCAAUUUAUUAGUCUGCAGCUAACUGAUAAGCACAAACAAAAUCUAAUUAAAGUAGUUAUAAAUUAUUACUAUCAGUUAGUUGACUAAAUCUACAUCUAAAGCUACCGCUCAAAAUCUUUAAAGAAGUUAUGUGCAGUGCUUUGCAGAACAUCAGAUAGUGAAAUAUGGAAACUGUGUAGACAUGCUUUUCUUUGGUAUAUUGAAGUGAAAAUAUGGGUUUUGUAGUAUACAGGACAAUAGUAUACAUUUGGUGUAAUUCAUCUGAACAAAAAAGUAAAAAGUUGUGUAAUGUCCUGUAUGUGAUAUUUGCACUGAGUAGCUAUACAUAGUAUGCCAAAAUUCCACAUGUGCAGUGCAUAUAGAAAUGUUUAUGCCCUCAGUCAUGUAGCACUGCUGUUGCCUAUGCAUUAAUUACACAGGGAAAUUCCUGUUCCUGUGUAACAGGUGCAAUUCAUAAACCUGUAUUAUCUUAAACAAUUUAUACCAUGCAAAAUUCUGCCUUAAAUACGUAUUUCUUUGUAUGGUGUGAUCUGAAAGAAAAAAACACUAGUAGGCUUAUUUAAAAAUGUCAAUUUUAGUAACUGGAUCUCAAAGCACUAUCUUCGGGUAAUGGUGAAGGGUUUAAAACACAUCUAACUGUAUAUUUGUGCUUUGUGCAGGAGUCGAAGGUAGCAAAAUAACUAAAUUAUGAAGCUAUAUCUUGACUGGAAACAUUGAUGCAGGAGGUUGAAUUGAUUGUAGCCUUGAUGCACUGAAUAAUAUGAUUCUAACAACCCUGAAAAUAAAUCUAAUGUGAAAUGUU